AUGGGGCAAAGUAAUGCAAAACACAUUUACACAAUUUUUGAUAAAUCGAAUCCAAAGAAUUUUUAUGAAACAGAUUUUUAUUCAGAACUAUUAUAUUCCGAUAAUUGUCUCAAACAAUGUGAUUUUUAUUUUGUUAACCAUAUUAUCGAUAAUGUAGAAAAUGUGACUUUAUUUUUUAAAUUUUUAAUAACAACCCUGGAAAGAGUUUUGACAGGAGAAGAUGAUAAAUAUAUUAAUGAUUGUAAUGUGUGUAUAAAAAUAUGUUUAUGUAUUUUUCCUGUAAUUCAAUAUAAUUAUAAAAAAAAAGAAAUAUUUAAUUUAAUGUGGAAAGAAAAUAAUUUCGAAAAAUUAGUAUGUACAAAUUAUGUUUGUAACAAUAUUUUGAUAUUACAUAUUUUUAAUUUUUUAUUAAUAAUACUUUUUACUGAAAAUAUAAGUAUUAAUAGUAGAAAUAAGAAUGGUCAAAAUAAUUAUGAACAUAGAAAUAAUAUUGUACUAGCCAAAAAUACUAUUGAUAUAUAUAAACUUUGGCUAGUCAAAUUAGUAACAUAUGAAGACAAUGUUGAAACUUCAAAUAUUAUUACAACUAAUAAUAAAAAUACAAUUUUUACAAAUUCGAUAAAUGAAUAUAAUAUAAAUAAUAAAUUAAAUGAUGAAAAUAAAAAUAAGGAAUUUUCUGAAAAUAAACAAACUCAAAAUGAUGACGAUAAUGACGAAAUGAAUAAAACUGAGGGAUGGUCAAAUAAAAAUAAUACAUUGGGUAAUGAUAAUAAUAAGUACAUAUUUACAAACGAUAUAAAAUGUGUUGAAUAUUGUCAAGUUAAUGAUAGAAAUGAUAAUGAAAAAGAUAAUAUAAAAUAUAAUAACAGUAUUGAUCUAAAUUUAAUUAAUAAUAGAAUAAAUAUAUUAAAGUGUUUAUUAAUACUUUUAAGUUCAUAUAUGUAUAAUAAUAAUAAUAAUUAUUUAGAAGAAAAAAAUAUGUAUUUAUAUCUUUUUACUAGUGGGGAUAUAUAUUUUAGUUCCAAUUUUUUUAUUUCAUUAUUAAGUGUAAUUUAUGAUAAUGAAUUUAAUUAUUUCAGUUUUUAUUUUUAUAAUGAUACAUAUCUAGAAUUUUAUAAUUUAUGUAUUCAUAUUUUAAAUAUAUUAAUCAAUUUUAAUCCAUUUGUUUUACAAAAUAAUAAAAAAGUACAUUAUAUAAGUAGCGCCUUAGACUAUUUUUUUUCGGUCAAAAAAGUUGCUAGUAAGCCCAAAAGGGAAGCAAUAAAUGGAGAGGUAGCGAAAAAUAGAGAAGACACUGGUAAAAAUUCUGACCAAGCUAGCGCUAGCCAAUUAAAGAGUUACUCUCAUUUUGAUUCAAUUAUAUGCAGCUACUCUUCUGAAGAAUCGUAUGACUCUUCUGAAGAAAAUAGUAGUAAAAAAUAUAAAGGUAAAGAAGCUAUUUGUAAUAUAAAACGAGCUUUAAAAAUAAAGAGGAAUUAUUUAUCAAUAAGUGGAGAUAAAAAUAAUAGUGUAAAUAAUGAUGAUAAUGAUUAUUAUGAGUAUAUAAAAAAUAGUAAAAAAAUAAAAUAUUUACAAACAAGAAAUAUAUUUUUAGUUAUGUUACGAAAUUUGGAACUAAAUUCAAUAAAAUAUAUUUAUAAAGGUGUUUUAAAUAUGCUAAUAAGUUAUAAAUUAUACUUUGAAAAUUAUGAAGAAGAUAUAUUUUAUAUAAAUAAUUAUUUAUGCUUAUUUUGGAAUCUUAUGGAUAAUAAUAAGUUACUUGUAAAUUAUGUGAAAAAUCAUAAUAGUAGUGUGUUUUUAUUUUAUAUAUUAUAUAUAUUAAUAUGUUUUAAUAAUAAAAGAAAGAAAGAAAUGCAGCUAUUUUCUGAUAUAAAAAAAAAUGAACCACUAAAUGGAGGUAGUCGAAGUUUUAAUAAUAAUGGAAAUGAUGUAAAAGCUGAAAACUUAAAUAAUGAAAAAAAUUUUUAUAACAAUGAAAAAUUUAAUAUAUCAAAAAAAUGUGAUGAAUUUAAUAUUCGUAAAAUUGAUGGGUUAAUAUAUAUAUGCUUAUUUAUAAUAUUAAAAUUAUCAUCAAGUUCAAUUGUGUGUAAAAAUUUAAAUCAAAAAUAUAACCAAAAAAUAAAAAUAAAUUCCCUUAUAAAAAAUGUGUACCAAUUUGAAACAUAUGUUGAUUUUUUAAUAUAUGCUUUAUGUUUGUUAAUUAAUGAUAAUAUAUAUUUUUUAAAGUUUGAACGAAUUAUAGAUAUGUCUAUUAUUAUACUUACAAAUAUAAGUGUUUAUAUAAAAUCAAUGAGUAUAUAUUCCUGUGAAUGUAUAAUUAAUAUUUUGAAAAAAAUAUUAAAAAAAGAAUGGAUAUUAUCUUCACAACAUCAUCAUUAUGCAUUAUUUCUUUUGCUGGAUUUUAUCAAUAAUAUUUUAUCUCACAAUUUAAGUGAUAAUUAUAAUCUUGUUUAUACCAUUAUAAAAAAUAGAGAUGUUUUUAUUUCCAUUAAUAAUUUGGAUGUUUCCCUAAAAGAUUGUUUUAUUUCUACUCCAAAUUUAGACAAAGAUUAUUGGGUGCCCACCGAAAGUUGGCUAUCCAAUUGGAAAAAUAAACUUCCUCUUCAUUUCGUUAACGCCAUAAUUUACGAUUUGGCUAGUAUGAUUGAAGAAGAGUGCGACAAAAAGGAAAUAUUGGAUCAUAAUGAAGUUGUAAAUUUAAUAAAAACCGAAUGCUCAAUAAUAAAAAAUGAGAAAAUACCGUUUAUCAUAAGAAAAUAUGAAAAAAAUAUUUUCCUGUCUAAAUGGGUUACAAAUUAUAUAUAUUUUUUAUUAUUUUUCCAUUUUUAUAAACAAAAUAUUUUUAUAAAUAAUGGAAUUAAGUUUAUAUUUUAA